GAGCCGGACCAUACGUCUCUCUUCCCUCCCUCUUUUCUGUGUCUAUAUGGGAGAAGAGAGAAAUGUGAGCUUUCUAUUAGAGGGAGAGGGAGGGGAGAUAUAGAUGGAGGGAGGGAGAGUUAGAAGGAGGUGGAUGAACACACGAUACGACGAGAUGAGAGGAGAGGAGGAAUGUGAGACAGAGAGGAUGCAGGACGGGAAACAGAGAAGAGAGGAGUGCCAGAUAGAAGAGUAUAGAGGAUAGACGGAUCGAGGCAGGCAGAUAGCAUCAUGACAGGAUUUAGGUGUGUCCGUCUGUGUUAGAGUUUUCAUUCACGUAUCAGGCAGGAGGAGCAGCACUUCCACACUCGUCUCACAAACAUACACGUGCAUUCACAACAUUUUUGCUGCGCAGAGGCACCGGCUCUCCUCCCCCAGUGACUCCAGGGGAAGAGGGGAAGCGACAGAUUUUACAGCUGUCACACACACUCACACACACACACACACACAGACACUCUUUCUGUUCUCUCUCAUCACACACACCCAGAAAAGCACAUGUGUUUCAGAGUGGACGAGCUACAGAGGGAUGCACCAUGAAGUCUCAGCAGAAGUGCAUCAUGAUCUUUGCCUUGGUGUGCUGCUUCGCCGUACUGAUGGCGUUGAUUUUUUCAGCUGUGGACAUUUGGGGCGAAGAUGAAGACGGGAUCACAGAGGACAACUGUAGCAAGGACUGCAGAGUGGUGCUUGUGGAGAACAUCCCAGAUGACAUCUCCUUCUUAGAUAAUGGUACAUCACACCUCCCUCUCUCGGCGGGGCUGUAUAACUUACUGGACCGAGCUAAACGGGUCGUAGAGAUAGUUUCCCCGCUGUGGUUCCUCAACUCCUCCGAUUAUGAAUCCAGCUUCCAGCCUGCUGCCAGACAGGGCAGGGCUCUGCUGUCCAGGCUGCAGGGGCUGAAAGCUAAAGGAAUCCAGCUGAAGAUCUCCAGCGGGAUGAUCGACUCCACUGAGCUCGGGAUGCUCGCCAAACACAAUGCUGAAGUCCACUAUGUGAACAUGACAGCGCUAACCAAAGGCCAUCUCCUCUCGUCCUUCUGGGUGGUCGACAGGAAGCAUUUCUACAUCGGCAGCGCCAGCAUGGACUGGAGAUCCCUUGCCACAAGGAAGGAGCUGGGUGUGUUGGUGUACGACUGCAGCUGUCUGGCUCUGGACCUUCACAGAGUGUUCAGCCUCUACUGGGGGCUCCAGUAUAAAGACUUCAUCCCCUCCUUCUGGUCCAAGCGCCUCUUUGCCCUCUACAACAGGGACGAACCACUGGAGUUCACUCUCAACAGCACAAAGGCUCAGGCCUACAUCUCUAGCUCCCCAGAUGUUUUCAUCCCCAAAGAUCGUAGCAAUGAUCUUGAUGCCAUUUCCAGGGUCAUCAAGGAGGCCCAGCAUUUCAUCUAUAUCUCCAUCAUCGAUUACCUGCCCCUCCUCAGCCGCAACGCUCACAGGUACUGGUCCCGUAUCGACAGUCUUAUCCGGGAGGCUCUGAUCCUGAGGAAGGUCCGGGUCCGUCUGCUGAUAAGCUGCUGGGAAAAGACUAAUCCACUUACUUUCAACUUCGUCUGGUCCCUGAGGAGUCUGUGCAUGGAGCAGGCCAACUGCUCACUGGAAGCUAAGUUCUUCAACCCCAGAGUGCAGAGGGACGGCAGUCUUCAAGGAAUAAACCACAACAGGUUUAUGGUGACAGACAGAGCCAUUUAUUUAGGUAACCUGGAUUGGGUGGGGAAUGAGUUUACCUUUAAUGCAGGAGCAGGACUGGUGAUCAGUCAGCCAGAGGGCAUUGAGGAGAGGAACUCUACAGUGGUGGAGCAGCUACGGGCUGCGUUCGAGAGGGACUGGUUUUCACGUUACACCCGCUCACUGCAGUCCAAUAAGAUCCCCGUCUGCAACAAGCAUCAGAUCGACAGACUGGUGCCAGGCAAAACUAACCAUCUAGACAAUGGACCAAUGCCUAUCAGAACAGGCCAGCACGAUAACGGACCUGCACCAAUUAGACACAAUCACAAAGAUGAUGGACCGGGUAAAACAAAGCACCAUGACGACAGACCAAGCAAAAUUAGUAGCCAAGGCCAGGACAAUGGACUGGUGCCAAUUAUAGAUGGUUACCAAGAGAGGGGACGAGUCAAAAUGAGUCACCCUGACAACAGACAGGUACAAAUCAAAGGUAAUCCAAUGGAAGCACCCAGUCAGUCAGCUGAGAGCAGCGGCAGCAGAGAGAUCUUCAACGGGUCCCUGUGACCACCAAGCACGAUAAGUUCCCUUUCACUGACCUGCUCUCUUCCAGUAACAGUGGACUUACCACACUGGGUCUUUGUAGCAUUUUGGUGUUGCCAUUUUGAAGAAAACAGAAAAAUUGAAGAUAUCUGGUGUGCAAGACUCGAUCAUGUUCAUGGAAGAACUCAGGAAGGAAAGUCAAUGUUGGCACUUUUGAUGGAUUUUUUUUUUUAAGAUAAUUUUUUGUGCUUUCUUGCUUUUAGGAGAGAGAAAGAGUACAAUAAGAUAUUCCUUUAUUAGUCCCACCGUAGGGAAAUUUAAAGUGUACAGCAGCAAA